AUGGCAACUCUCGUGCUACUGUCCAUCUUGGCUUGUGUCCUUGUGGGGAACAUGGGGAAGAUAUUCCGGCGCUGCGAGCUAGCCCAGGUGCUGCACCAGGCAGGGAUGAAUGGAUUCCGAGGCUACAGCCUGGCUGAUUGGCUGUGCAUGGCAUUCCAUGAAAGUCGGUUCAACACGGACACGGUGGACCAUGAAGCUGAUGGAAGCACUGACAACGGCAUCUUCCAGAUCAACAGCCGCCAGUGGUGCGAUGACUACAGGAGCUCCACCCAGAACCUCUGUCACAUGCACUGCAGUGAUUUGCUGACCAGUGACAUCAACGAUGACAUCGUGUGUGCCAUGCAGAUUGUGCAAAAGCCAAGGGGUAUGGGGGCCUGGCUGGCCUGGAGGAAACACUGUGAAGGCCAUGACCUCUCACAAUGGGUGGAAGGAUGCAAUGUGGGAAGUAGAUGA